AUGUCUCGGGACGGUCCAAAACCACAGGCCCUGACACAAGCGGCGGUUCCAAAGCAGGCUGCCAAGAUCCACUGUGAGGAAUAUUCCUGUUCUUUAUCCAAGAGCGCUCCAUUAGGAUUUAUAGCAGGGGAACAUAAAGUACUCCGUAUGGAACUCUGUCCAACAGAAGGCCCAAACAGACAGAGUUAUGACAGCAGCAGUCCACCAAAGAAAGCAGUGGACUUCAACAAAACUAUUAAAAACCUUGGUUACCAAUGGUGCGUUUAUCAAAACAGUCUGACCUUAAAGGAAAAAAAAAAGAAAGAAAGAGAGAGAGAUUUGAAACGCCAAACAUCACAAAAGAAACUAAAACUUUUAAGUUAUGUCAACCUUUUUAGAAACGGUUGCUUUCUAUAA